AAACAAUAAACAAAAACAAAAUUCUACAUUUCCCAUUCCCACUCGCUCACAGCUUUACUCUCCUCCUCCUUCUUCUUCCUCUCUCUCUCUCUGAAUCCACCGCAUUGUACGGCCGCCAUGGAUUUACGCAUCCGCGGCGCAUCGGCGCUCGCCUUUCUCCUCCUCUUCUUCGCCGGAACCUGCUUCGCAUUGCCGGAAUAUCCUCAGAAGCCCUCCUCCUCGGCGGCGUCCACCGCUCAGAUCAACUCCAACUCCGUCCUGGUGGCCCUGCUCGACUCGCAUUACUCCGAGCUGGCUGAGCUCGUCGAGAAGGCCCUGCUCCUGCAGACUCUCGAAGAGGCCGUCGGCCGCCACAACAUCACCAUCUUCGCUCCCCGAAACGACGCCGUCGACCGCGACCUCGACCCCGACUUCAAGCGCUACUUGCUCGAACCCGGGAACCUCAAAUCGCUCCAGAAGCUCCUCCUCUUCCACGUUAUCCCCGCCCGGGUCGGAUCCGACGAAUGGCCCACCCACACUGCCUCCGCCCGACACCAGACGCUCUCCCAGGACCAUCUCCACUUGUCCAGCCUCGCUUCCGGUGAGAAGGCCGUAGAUCUCGCCCGGGUCAUUCAUCCCGACUCCGUGACCCGACCCGACGGAGUCAUCCACGCCAUCGAGAGGCUUCUUAUCCCCCGCUCCGUAGAGGACCACUUCAACCGACGCCGCAGCCUCCGCUCCAUCACCGCCGUCAAGCCGGAGGGAGCUCCCGAAGUUGACCCCAGAACCAACCGGCUGAAAAAACCCGCCCCGCCUACCAAACCCGGAUCCUCACCCGUCCUGCCCAUCUACGACGCGUUGGCUCCCGGACCCUCGUUGGCUCCGGCUCCGGCACCGGGACCCGGCGGGCCCCACCACCACUUCAACGGCCACGCCCAGGUGAAGGACUUCAUCCAAACACUCUUGCACUACGGGGGUUACAACGAGAUGGCGGACAUUUUGGUAAAUUUAACUUCUCUGGCUACGGAGAUGGGUCGGUUAGUGUCGGAGGGUUAUGUGCUCACUGUUUUGGCUCCGAACGACGAGGCUAUGGCGAAGCUGACGACGGACCAGCUCAGCGAGCCGGGUGCGCCGGAGCAGAUCAUGUACUACCAUUUGAUUCCCGAGUAUCAGACUGAGGAGAGUAUGUACAAUGCCGUUAGGAGGUUCGGGAAGGUGAGCUAUGAAACGCUGCGGUUGCCCAACAAGGUUGUGGCUCAAGAGGCUGAUGGGUCCGUUAAGUUCGGGCAGGGAGACGGGUCGGCGUACUUGUUCGACCCGGAUAUUUAUACGGAUGGUCGGAUUUCCGUGCAGGGGAUUGAUGGGGUUUUGUUCCCGGCGGAAGAGGUGGAGUCCAAGUCCGAAACCAAAACGGUUCAACCCGCUAAGAUUGUUACCAGGCCCAGGAGAGGAAAAUUGAUGGAAGUAGCAUGUCGGAUGCUAAGUACUGUUGGACAGAAUUCUCGGUUCAUCACUUGCCAAUGAAGUAUGCUGCGACUGUGUUUUCGUAGAUGGGCAUUACCAGAAAAACAGGCCAAGACAGGGAGUCCUUGAGAAAUCAAUGGAUGUAAAAAGGCUUGGAAAGGAAAGGCAGCUUACAUAUUGGAGUUUGGUGGUGAACUUGGUUUUUUAUUUUUUAUUUUUAAAUGGGUUUUUCUUUUACCUUAGUAUCUCAUUCUCUCUCUUUGCCCUUUUUGUGUUCUGGGUCUCGGGUAGAGAAGAAACAAGAUACUCUAGAGUUAAAUACACAAUUAAGUACAUAAAUGUAUUUUACAGUCACCAUUAUUUUUUCAAUUUUUUUUAGGUGGUUUGUUAGUAAUGGCACUUAAGCUGUGUGUAAUCAUGAGGGUGGCUGGGGCAGUAGUGUCUUUAUCUGCCCAUUGAAUAAAAAUCUAAAUGGAAAUGAAAUAAAAUUAUUCUUUUCUGUAAUA